GCCGCCCCGCCCCUCACGCUGUGGACAGCCCGAGCGGUCACAUUUCCAGCCGCGUUUCUCGCCUCGUCUGUCAGUAGAUCGUGACCGUCCGAAGGCGUCUUGACUCGGCCAAGAAAAGGGAAAUGGAGAACGGUUCGUCCUCGACGGGAGACACCAAGCUGGACGAGGCUGUCCGCCAGUGGCUGCAGUACGACAAGAACCCCAAGACAGUGUCGAUGGUGCAGGACCUGUUGAGAGACAGAGCGGUGGAGGCUCUGAAGAAAUGCUUCACCUCCAGGAUGGAGUUUGGUACAGCAGGUCUGAGAGCAGCCAUGGGACCUGGCACAUCCUGUAUGAACGACCUCACUAUCAUCCAGACCACACAGGGUUUCUGUCGCUACCUGGAGGAGAAUGUUGAUAACUUAAAAGAACGAGGGGUGGUGAUUGGGUACGAUGCUCGAGCCCACCCUCCCAGCGGGGGCAGCAGCAAACGCUUCGCCAGCCUGGCUGCAGCCGUGUUCAUCGGCCGAGGGGUGCCGGUCCACCUCUUCUCUGGCAUAAUCCCGACACCAUUUGUGCCUUUCACAGUUUCACAUCUGGGUCUGUGUGCUGGUAUCAUGGUGACCGCCUCUCACAACCCCAAACAGGACAAUGGCUACAAGGUGUACUGGGAGAACGGAGCCCAGAUUGUGUCUCCUCAUGACAAAGGUAUCGCCAAGGCCAUAGAGGAGAACCUGGAGCCCUGGGCUGAGUCCUGGAGCACAGAGGAGGCCCUGAAGAGCCUCUUGCUCAAAGAUCCCUACCAGGACAUCCACACACAGUACUUCAAAGCCAUCCAGAAACACUGUCAUCACAGGGACAUUAACAAGAGUUCAGAGGUGAAAAUUGUGCAUACAUCUGUGCACGGCGUUGGCCACACAUUUGUCCAGUCAGCUUUCAAGGCAUUCGACCUUCACCCUCCAUAUGCUGUAGAGGAACAGAAGGACCCAGACCCUGAAUUCCCCACGGUGAAAUAUCCCAAUCCUGAGGAAGGAGAGGGAGUACUGACACUGUCGUUUGCACUGGCAGAGAGGGAGAAGGCCACUGUUGUGUUGGCGAACGACCCUGAUGCUGAUCGACUGGCCAUCGCUGAGAAGCAGGAGAGUGGACAGUGGCGAGUCUUCACUGGCAACGAGUUGGGGGCGUUGCUUGGCUGGUGGAUGUUCCGCUGCUGGAAAGGCCAAAACCCGGAGGCUGCUGCGGUGAAAAACCUCUACAUGCUGUCCAGCACCGUCUCAUCCAAGAUACUGCGCGCCAUCGCCCUCAAGGAAGGCUUCCACUUUGAGGAAACACUGACGGGGUUCAAGUGGAUGGGAAACCGAGCCAGAGACCUUUUGGAUAAUGGGAAGACUGUUCUGUUUGCCUUUGAGGAGGCCAUAGGGUAUAUGUGUAGUCCCUCUGUUUUGGACAAGGAUGGAGUGAGUGCUGCAGCCAUAGCAGGGGAGAUGAUUUCCUACCUGGCCACGAAAAGCUUAAGCCUUUCUCAGCAAGUCACCACCAUCUACGAAGAGUACGGCUACCACAUCAGCAAGAACUCCUAUUUCAUCUGCCACGACCAGGAUGUGAUCCGCGGCUUGUUUGAGCGCCUGCGCAGCUACGGCGGCCAGAAGGACUCGUAUCCCACUGCAUGCGGCGGCUUCUCCAUCUCUGCUGUACGAGACCUGACCACCGGCUACGACAGCAACCAGCCGGAUAACAAGGCUGUCCUUCCCACCUCCAGCUCCAGUCAGAUGAUCACCUUCACCUUCUCCAACGGGGGCGUGGCCACCAUGAGGACCAGUGGCACUGAGCCAAAAAUCAAAUACUACACUGAACUCUGUGCUGCUCCUGGCAACAGUGACGUGAAGCACCUGAAGAAGGAACUGGACGACUUGGUUGACGCCAUUGUUGAAAACUUCUUCGAGCCCGAGAAGAACAAGCUGCAGCCCAAACCGGAGUAGAGCGCCCCAACGGACCCACACACCCCCUACACCCCCCCACACACACACAGGACGAGUUGUGACUUAUAUCUCUCCAGCAUUCCACAUCAUGUCUUAUUUACUCCAGAAGGGAUCUUGAUUUAACACCCGACCUGACCACCGUAAACAAUCGCUUUCAUGACAUUCUUACCAAUGUUUUCUCUGAGCUUACCUCUGUGCUGUAGAUCUUAAAACCACAACUGUAAAGACGUUCCACCGUUCUAGCGCCACAGUCAUUCCUGCCGUCUCACUGCGGCGUUCGGAUAAACACAUUUCUGUAAAUGAAGUAUGCAUCCCCGCCUCCUUCAGCAUCACCUGCAAAGGCUGCUAACGUGAAGAGUUCCUGAAAUGUGUCUCAGUGAGAACCGAUGAGACUUUUAUUGACACAUAAAUAUAAUGAUCUGAACGUGUAAUAUCUUAAUAACAGUAAAGUAUGACAUUGAAAGUGAUGGUUGAAUAAAUGUAAGGUGUCAUUACAGAGUUAGCUAGUUAUUCAAAUGAACAAGCCUAAAAGCUUAGAGCACCACCAAGUGGAGAUAUUGUGCAUUACAUUUUUUAAACACAACCUCAUAACUUGAUAUGAAUAUCUACCAAUCAAAGGGACUCCUUGACACCACAGCUUUACAUCUACAAUAAGACAUUCUAGUAUGUUCAUGUUGAAAUGUGUAUUCAGCAGCUCACCAUCUACUCAUGUGCCUCUGAUUCCAAAAUGCUGUUCUGAAAUUAAAAUGUAACUCAAUAAAAAGUUUCUA